AGAGAAUGAGAUGUUCUGUUAUUUUUCAUGGGAAAUUAAACCUGACCCUGCUGUCAGUUAGCUCAUGCCAAGGAAGGAUGGAUGGCCCGUGGCACGGCGCUUAACCCCUGCUUGGAGCACGCCGCCUGGCUGGGGGCCAGCCAUGAUGUCACCUGCUGCCGGAGUGGGGGUGGGGACAGCAGGACAGCUCCCAACUCUACCUCGUGCCCUGCUGAGGAAAGCUGGUGGUCAGGGAUGGUGAUCAUCAUCGCGGUAUGUUGUGCCUCCCUGGUGUUUCUCACUGUGCUUGUCAUCAUUUGCUACAAAGCCAUAAAAAGGAAACCCCUGAGAAAAGAGGAGAACGGCACCAGUGUUGCUGAGUAUCCCAUGACGUCCUCGCAGAACAACAAAGCCGUGGACGUGAACAGCGCUGUGGUGUGAGUCUGCAGCCCUGGACCCGCUGGCCAGAGGGGAACCUUGGUGGCACUAGUGGACGCGAGCUGACACUGGGCUUGUCCAGACUUCAUUGCCUUGCCGGCUUCGAGCCUCCCAAAGGAGAAACCAUCCUCUUCCCAGCCUUGCCCCUGGUCAGCCCACAGGCAGAGGCAGCGCAGACCCCAGGCUGAGCCAGGCCCACCUGCAUGCAGCCCCCGGGGCAGCGCCACCGCCCGAGGCUCCUCACACCUCUUCCUUGUCUUGUGUUCAAUCCGCUGUCCGCCGUCUCCCAGCUACUGUCUAAAGCACGCACUCUGUCCUAGGCAGAGGGUCUGUCUGUCUGCUGCGUCAGAGAGGCGCCCCCUUUAGCCAAGAGAAAGGCAAUCCAGGGACCACUCCCCUGCCAGAAAACCUCUCCUCUCCUCCCCCCACCCCCACCCCAGGAAGUCCAUCUGCUGUUCCGUUGACCACGUCAUUCCCAACAGAAGCCAUUGGCACAACCAUGAGACAUCCCCUUUCUAAGGUGCUUCCCACACAUCUGUCUGUCGCCCCACCUACUAUCAUCUUCAGUCGUCAUGGCCUGCCUUCUCCCUCCUGUCCCCACUGACACCCCGGGCCCCUGGAUCCUGACUCCCUGCCACGGAGGGCUGUGAGCCCAGCUCGCAAAGCCCCUCCUGACUGAGCAGACAAAGGGGGUCGUUUACACUUGAGGGCAGUGCCUGGCCUUCUAGGGGCAAAAUGACUCCUGAACCCUAGGCCAAGGGCCCAGGAAGGACAGCGGCCACUACACCUGUUCUCAGACUCAUUCCCAUAUCUGACCCUUUGGAACCGAUGCAUCUGUGUGAGCCAGGCCCUGCCUUCGUCUGGCAGAGGCCACCAUUUGUGCCAAACCCACUGCCAGCGCUCUGGGCUGGGCUGGGCUGACCCGGCCUUUCUGACACUCCCUUGAGCCCCUAAGUAGGUACUCAGACUCUCUCCUGAGAGCCCCCAGGCCUCCCCUCAUCCAGGAGGAGGUGGCAUUCCUUCAGCGGCUUCCUUGAAUGUCUUUCUGAGGUCUUACGUUCUAAAAGUGCUAAACCCUCCAGAGUGGUUGGUGGACCAAGGCAAGGAAAGGGGGUGAGACGAGAGGGGCCCUCCAGGCCUGUGUCCCAGGAGGCCGCCUGCCCUGUGGGCACGUCAUGAGGCCCACGGCGACAGUGGCCCAGUGGUUUUGCAUCCGCUGGUGGAUUGGGGAAACCCUCUUGAUCCCGUGGUUCCCUCAUCACCCACACGCUUGCGAGGAGAGAACCAGACACAUUUAAGUGGUUUCACUCUCUGGCCAUGUAGGACCUUAGCUAGGUGAACCCGGUCUGCCUCCCAAACUACCAGUGUAGUUCUCUGGAGGGUCUGGGGCCGCAGGUAAGACUUUCACAUCCAGGUGAGAGUGGCAGACUAAAUAAAAGCCAGUCCUGUUUGGGCUGAGCCUUGACACACCCACAGUCCCGGAGCCCUUGUGCCCAGAGUAGUCUGUGCACCACUGUCCUUUGGCGAGCACAGGGGAGAAGGUGAGUUUGCUCAGACCCUGCCCCCAGAUCAGCAGGUACAGACCGAGGACAGGCCCCAGGCAUACCUUCCCAGAAAGGGUUUUUUCUUUUCUGUUUUCCUUCUGUGUGAGGACUUGCUUUGGGUUUGGAUGUGGGUUUCGCUUUCCCUGCACACCUUAGCAUGGCACCGUGCCACUCGUGGCCUUCAUCCUUGCCCUCAGCCUGGUGAGCACUUCACAGCACUCCUGGGUGAUGCCUCAUUUCCCCAAGGGAUGCACAGCAGAGUGACAAACAGACCAGAGGAUGUGGGUCCACGGCAGGACAGACCCCACCCCAGCGCACCCUCCCCACCGCCUGUACCUCCUAUGAGUCCUCUGCCUGUUCCCCGAGCAAACACCAGACACCGGGCAGGACCCCGGCCCUAAGCACAUGCUACCCUGAGCUCAGAAGUGGUGGGAGGGCACCUUCGGCCACAGGGAAGGAGAGGAUCCUAGGUAAGGAGUGCUGGGCAGCCAGCCUGGGGGGACAGUGGAACAGGCACCACCCACCUUUUCACAAACCCACUGGUUCCAUCUUCCCCCUACCUUGGCUUAAACCUGAGAGGCCCAGACUUUGCAAUUAGCCUAAUCCAUCAGGCUCUGGGGCCAGUGUCCCCUUUCUUGGGGACAUAGCCAGGGCGCUGUGAAAAACUAACUCUUGAGAGUAAAUUCCCCCACAUUGGUUUAUAAAAUCUCUUCUUACCCAGUCAGCGAAAACCAAGAAGAGCCCAGUUUAAAAAAAAAAAAAGAUUCACUUGAGAACCCCCCUAAACCAAGAACCAGCCAUUCGGAAGUCAGCUCUCAGGGGUGCAGCGAGAGAGCCCCACCGGAUUUUUUAGCUUAAGCAACAGAAUCUCCCCUAAAAUCGCACCAGCCUGGUAUUUGAGCUUAGAGCUUUUACUUAAGGAAUGUACCCACAGCCCCCAUACACAGACCGAUCCUCAGACUAGCCCGAGCUUUGAGGCCCAGGACAAAAUCACACCCCUGCUCUCCAUUUUCUCAAAUGGAUAUUUUUCAACUGCGUCUCCUAGUUGACCCCCACUUUACAAUGGCAUAGAGGAUCUCCCAGUUUUCAGGUGUUCCUUAGAAGCUUCUGAAGCAAGUUUUGGAAGAAAGACUAAUAGCUGUACAAAUAUAAACAUAUAGAUUAUAUAUAGUUAUAUAUAUAUAUUUAAAGAGAUAUCAACAUAUAUACAAAAUUACUCCUCUGAAUCUGUGCACAGUAUGAUUUUCAAACAGCCCAGGUAGUGUGCGAUCCCAAAUGCAUGAAUGUACAUAUUUGAGAUCUGCCUUCCUAACAAUGUGCUGAGUGGCCUUGGGAAGAUGGCUCCCAUUCCUAGGAGCUCUGGCUCAAUGGACAAAUAUACACGUUGGUGCCGUCAUGUCCCCCAAGGAGCCAAUGAUGUCGGUUUCGUGCUGAGACUUCGCACAGGAAGCAGGACCGGCAGCGUUGGGGUGUGGGCUGUAUGCUACUUACGAGGAAGAAAGCGCCAUGCCUUUUUUAUUUUCAAUAAAAAUAUACUUCUAAA